CGGGAGCGCUGAUCCAUUGCCUCACCACUUUAACUUAUGAUCAUGUCCUCUGUUAAGCAGGUCGACCGGCCUUCAUUGCUCAAUCCCCUUCGGCCGCUCUGGAGUCUGACGGUCGCGUUUGUCCUGUGGAAAUCGCUCCUUUUUCUCGUCGUCAUCGCUUGUCCUGGCCCUGGCUAUGAUACGUCCACCUCUCUGUUGCCCUAUUUGAAUCCGUCCCCAACGCGUCCCGCCGCGGAUGCCGGUGUCGGCUCCACGCUUCCCCUCAAGUUCGUUCGAUGGGACCCCAUUUACUUUGUCCACAUUGUCCAGCAUGGCUACGUCUAUGAGCAGGAAUGGGCUUUUGGCUAUGGCUUUACCAGGAUCUGGAGAUUUGUUGCUUCCUUUCUCAAUCCUUCCGCGGAAGUCGGCAAUGUCGCCCAGGUAGCCUGGGUGGGCGUCGGGCUCGCCCACUUGGCCCAUUAUUUAUCCGUCCUAGCCCUCUAUAAACUUUCGGCCAACGUUUUUGGUCGCGAGACCCCGACGCAGAGGCUCGUCUGCUUCCUGUCAGCGGCUCUGCAUAUCAUCGCCCCGGCCGGGGCGUUUCUGUCUGCGCCUUACCCAGAACCUAUUUUCUCGUUUCUUAACAUCUUUGGCCUGUACCUCUACUCGUCAUCGUUCCUGGACGAUGGCGCGGGGAGGAGAUUACCUCGGGAUGCCAAGCUGCUUGGUGCCGCCGUAUCCUUCGCAGUCGCGACCACCGUCCGUAGCAAUGGCAUCCUAAGUGGGUUCUUGUUUGCCUAUGAUGCGAUCUGGCAACUUCGGAGGAUACUCCUCCACGGCUUGUCUUGGGAUGUAGUCAUGCGUCUGGGUGUCAUUGUUGUGGGUGGCUGUGUUGUGGCAUUGGGGAUAAUCCUGCCCCAGUGGGUUGCCUAUACGACAUACUGUACAACCAGUAGCAGGCCAUGGUGUCAAUGGACGUUACCCAGUAUAUACGGCUGGGUGCAGGAACAAUAUUGGAACGUGGGAUUCCUCCGGUACUGGACCGUAUCUAAUAUCCCUCUUUUCCUACUCGCUGCGCCUAUGCUUGUACUGCUUUGCUAUGCCUCACUGUGGGCAUUGAAGAUGCCUUGGGCCGCUGUCAAGGAACGGCCAACGACCGUACUUGAUCGAACAAUGUCUCCUGAGGCCACCGAUUCGUUAUUGGUCCGCCUUGCAGUUCCCCAGGGCCUCCUUGCAGUGAUGGCUUUUACAAGCUACCAUGUUCAGAUUAUCAACCGUAUCUCUUCCGGCUAUCCACUGUGGUAUUGGUACUUAGUAUGCCUGGUCGUGGAUCGCGCAGGAGGGUCACCGUCCGCCGCCAAGUCUAAUCGCCUAUUUGCCAUGGUGUUGCAAGCUAUGGUGAUCUAUGGGUUUAUACAGGCGGUUCUUUACGGUUCUUUUCUUCCUCCAGCUUAGUAAUGGCUGGGAAAUAGUUUGAGGCUCUAUAUACUAAUGCCAUGUCAUUAUUUCCUUCUUUGUACAAUUGUUUAUUGUGUCGCGUGUACAUCGGCCUGGGGGGAAUGAAAACCAAAGAAAGACACCUGUCAGUAUAUAAUUAUUAUCUAUUAGAACUAAUUUCUAAUGAGCUUUUGCCAUCA